UAGUGCGCAUGCGCAGAUGGUUGACGUGCGAUGAGCGCUGAAGAAAAGGAACGGCCGGCGCCAUGCGCUGAGACUUCACAAGUGUCAAAACAUAGAUGUCGCGGGAAUGUGAGAGCAUCACGUUGCCCUCCGUAAACUGGAAUGAAAACGGCAGCGGAGGCACAGGGGCAGCGUUUCUGUCAAUUUCGACUGUGGAUACUUGUAGUGAAGUUACAGGCUGAUACAGUAAUAGAGCGCUGAGGCAUGGAGGGAAACUCCAGGGAAAGCGAGCGUCUGGAGCGGGAGCGCCAGUACUGCGAGCUGUGCGGGAAAAUGGAGAACCUGAUGAAGUGUGGACGGUGCCGCAGCUCGUUCUACUGCAGCAAAGAGCACCAGAGACAGGACUGGAAGAAGCACAAGCGGGUGUGCAAAGAGGCCGAUAAGCAGCAGUUGCCACAGCCGCCGGCUGAAGAGCGCAGCGCUUUACAGUACAACACUUCUCAGAGUAACGUUAACUCUACCGCUGCGUCUCCCGGCGAAAGAAUGACAGAUUUUAUCAAGUCCGCCACGGGCUCUGACACCAAACCGACCCCAGACAGUUUGAAACCCAACGGACAGACGCGGUCACCUCCUCAGAAGCUGGCCACGGACUAUAUCGUGCCCUGCAUGAACAAGCACGGCAUCUGUGUGAUCGACAACUUCCUCGGUGAGGAUAUCGGUCGCACUAUUCUGGAGGACGUGCAGGCGCUUUACCUGACCGGCGGCUUCACGGACGGCCAGCUGGUCAGUCAGAGGAGCGACUCGUCUAAGGACAUUCGAGGGGAUAAGAUCACCUGGGUGGAGGGGAAAGAGCCCGGCUGCGAGAGGAUAGCGUUUCUCAUGAGCCGCAUGGACGAGCUGAUCCGAUACUGUAACGGAAAACUGGGCGACUACAGGAUCAAUGGGAGGACGAAAGCAAUGGUGGCGUGUUACCCUGGUGAUGGGACAGGAUAUGUACGGCAUGUGGAUAACCCAAACGGUGAUGGGAGAUGUGUCACAUGCAUAUAUUACCUGAAUAAAAACUGGGAUGCCAAGAAACACGGUGGCCUUUUGCGGAUCUUUCCGGAGGGAACUGCUCAGUUUGCAGACAUUGAGCCCAAGUUUGACAGACUUUUGCUCUUCUGGUCAGACAGACGGAACCCACAUGAGGUCCAGCCGGCUCAUGCCACAAGGUAUGCUAUUACGGUGUGGUAUUUUGACGCCGAUGAACGAGCUCGAGCUAAAGAGAAAUAUCUAACAGGUGCAGGUGAAAGGGGUGUGAAAGUGGAGCUAAACAAGCCAUCUGAGCCCAGCUAGUGAACAAGGGAUGAAUAAAAAAAACAAAAGAGUGUGCAGGGUUGGACCUCUGGAGUGUUGCUGCCUGCUGCUGAGAGAUGAUGAGCAGAGAGGAAGUGACUACUUCUCUUGCUCACCUCUCCAUCUGUCAUCUAGAAGGGGCUUCUCAUAGGGACUCUGGAUGUGAUGGAGCUGUGAAGACAGAUGUGAAUUAACAUGCUUUGUGUUUCCUUAAUGAAGAAUGCUGGCUUACAUGAGCACAGGACGGACAUCAAACUAAACUUAAGAGUGUGUGUGUGUGUGUGUCUGUGCGUGCACUUGUGUUCAAUACAAGUUUAAUUUGAGCUAUAACCUCUACAUUUCCCUGCCAUCAGCUUUGCACAUGUGUUAAUAAAGGUACAGGUUUGUUUGGCAAUGCUGCAAAGUGCGUACACAGAAAAACCAUUUUCAAGGUUAUAAGCUCGGUGUGAUGCGUUAUUCUGCUUGUAAGCCACUGUAAUUAUUUGAUUUGUGUUUUUGUAUGGCUCGUAAUACCAUUUUCCAGGGACUCCUAAUUGGAGCGUGCUUCUUUAUCGCGGCUUGCACCUGUUGCUUAGUAACCAGGUGCAUCGCUGGAUCGUCUUUGCCAGUAAUCAGCGAUAUGUCUGUUGUUGCAGACCGUAACGUCUCUCCAUCUUAUGCCAAACUUGACACCUCAUGUCUGUCUUAACAGUUCUGAGUUUUAAAUAAAAAAAUCAGGUUUCCUAAA